AGUUUUUAACUACAAUAAUCAAUCAUAAAGAAAAAUGGUUUUGCAGAAGGAAUACCUGGAUGUGAUCUUGGUCCCUACUGGUUUGUUUCUCAUGAUUGGUUACCAUCUUUUCCUUCUCUAUAGAAUCAGAAAAUUUCCGCAUACAACCGUCAUCGGCUACGAAAAUCACAACAAAAGAGCAUGGGUUGAAGGAUUGAUGCAGGGCGACUCUGAUAUGAAGGACACCGGUAUAGCGCUGACUGUAAUUGCAAGCAAUAUUGGAGCAGCAACUUACCUAGCCUCUCUUUCAAUUGGCUUGAGUUCACUAAUUGGAGCAUGGGUCGGGAGUUCUUCAAAUAACAUUUUCAUGAGCGAUCUGAUAUAUGGAGACAGGAGAUCAUCCACCAUUUCGAUCAAAGAUGGCAGUGAUAAGAGGAAGCAAUUUCUGGUCUCUUGGACUUCGAGCACUGUACUUCGCCACCACCCUGUUGUUCUGGAUUUUUGGUCCCAUUCCGAUGCUCGCUUCCUCAAUUUUUAUGGUUAUCCUCCUCCACUUUCUUGAUACCAAUUCAACUCCGCUGCA